AUCAGCUCAAGACACAAUACGAGCAAGAGGCUAACGCGGAAGUGUAAAGCCGCAUCGUUUUACUCAACAGCCGGCAUGUAAAUACCGUAAAUAGCACGUUGGUGCGCUUUGCAUUGAAUGUUAGGAGCAGCUCAGUUAGAUGUGUCCGAGCCGUGCAGCGCUUUAGUAUUAGCGUGUGUCCUGAUAUGAACGUGUGAUCGGCUGAGAUGCUGUCCACCGGUCCUCGGCUGUCCACCGGUCUUCAGCUGCGGCUGCUGCGGCUGUUGUCUUGUGUAACUCUUCUUUUACUUGUUCAAGUCACCGACGCCAAGAAAGAUUUAAAGAUCGCCUGUUCUACCUGUCAGCAGAUCACUGACAACUUCAACAAGGGCUUUGACAGAACAGCAAAGCAGAACUUUGGCGGAGGCAACACAGCCUGGGAGGAGAGAAAACUCUCUAAAUAUGAGACAAGCGAGAUCCGUCUGAUGGAGAUUGUGGAGGGGCUGUGUGACAGCAGCAGCUUCGAGUGCAACCGCAUGUUGGAGGAGCACGAAGAUCAUUUUGAGACUUGGUGGUUCAAGAGGAAAACAAAGCAUCCUGAUCUGCAUAAAUGGUUCUGCAUUGAAACCAUCAAAGUGUGCUGUCCAAAGGGAAUGUUUGGACCGGACUGCAAUGCCUGUGUGGGGGGCUCUGACCGACCUUGUCAUGGACACGGAAACUGCGACGGCGACGGGACUCGCGGAGGGGACGGAAAGUGCAGCUGCGACCACGGUUACGAAGGGGAGUUCUGCCUAGACUGCAUCAGCGGCUACUUCGACGAAGUGAGGAACGACACGUUCUCUCUGUGCACAGAAUGCGACGACUCCUGUAAAACCUGCACUGGAGCAACCAAUCAGGACUGUGAUGAGUGCAAAGAAGGCUGGGAGGAGGAUGAGCAGGAGGCUUGUGUUGAUAUAAACGAGUGCUUCAAAGAUCCUUCUCCAUGUGAAGAAAACCAAUACUGCCUUAACACGGAAGGCUCCUACUCCUGCCAGGCCUGUGACAGUGUGUGCUCCGGCUGCACCGGGGCCGGGCCUGAUAACUGCCAGGCUUGUGCCAGCGGGUACCAGGACACAGAGGGCACCUGCACGGAUGUGGAUGAGUGCUCCCAGCCAGAACCAGUAUGCACGAAGGAGCACGAGCAGUGUGUCAACACUAAAGGCAGCCAUGUGUGCGUCUGCUCGAGUGGCUACGAGGAGCGAGAUGGAGAGUGUGUCCAAACGCCACAGCCAGAAGAAGAGGAGUCGGAAGCAUCGGACACGACCACAAGUCCACACAGGGAGCUUUGAUGUAAAACUGAGCGGAUCAGAAGAAACGGUUGGAAUUUCUGCACAUCUGAAGCCGCCCAUUUUUUAAAUCGUCGGAUACAUGCACUUAAUGUGCCAGCUGCACUUCGAACCAACAAAAGCUGGCCAGACCGUGUUUUCUAGCUGUGGAUUAAAGGACAAAAAAAACAUUUUAUGCUCACACUAUGCUGGUCAUUGUUGCUCAAACUACCACUUGUCUUUAUGUGUUGUAUGGUUUUAAAAUCGAAGGUGUUUCAAUAAAGGUGAAUUUAUGUUGAAUUUAAGAUCAACCCAUGUCAA